AUGGUUUGGUCGAGGGAAGGUGACAAGCGGUUUGAGGAAGCUCUGGUGAGAUUUCCAGAGGACACGCCGGAGAGAUGGGAGAAGAUCGCCGAGUAUCUGAAAAUGCCGGUGGCGGAAGUGAUGAUGUCCUACGAAGAUUUGGUCCACGAUAUUGAGUUGAUCGAAUCGGAUCAGAUUAGUGUGGACUAUUCGGCAGAGACGGAGUCGUCUAAGAUGUUGUCCCAAAUCGAAUCCAAGAACAAGGAGAACGAAAGAAAGAGAGGAGUCGCUUGGUCACCAGAAGAACACGGAUCGUUUCUGGAGGGAUUAGAGAAGUAUGGGAAAGGAGACUGGAAGAGGAUAUCGAGGGAUUUCGUGAGGACAAGAACCGCAACGCAAGUCGCAAGCCAUGCACAAAAGUAUUACGAGAGGCAGGGUAAGCCGAGGAAACGUUCCAGUAUCCACGACACCACUUGGGUAGAUGCCGCCGACACUGGAACCGUCCCUGGAUCCAACUUGGAGUCUAUGACAAAGCCACAUUUUGAUGACCAGAUGCCUCCGGAAUAUUCUCACGACUAUUUCGGCCUCUAG